AUGGAGCAAUUACCAGGUGAUGCGACCGCUGAGCGGUGCUUUGAAGAAUCUCACGAUACUGCGCUCUGUUUGAUACCUCCUCCCCAGCUUUGGGGUCCUGUUAAUGCGUUGCGAUCCCUCAAUGAUGAAAAAUUCACGAAAUGGCCACCGCACAUCACCCUCGUUUAUCCGUUUGUUACGCCAGAAGCCCUCCCCGACGUGGCUGAGGCAUUGUGCCGGAAUAAGAUUGGAUCAUUGGACGACGACAUCUCCAUCAACCUGGAAGAGGCUGGAUUUUUUUCACAUCGUCGACGAGGUACCGUCUUUAUCCGACCCAAACCUGGACAGCAAGUCAAACAUCUCUCAGAGCUGAGAGACCAAAUCCACCGCUUUCUCGGCCGGCCCAGAGGCAGAGAGUACCGGCCUCACUUGACGCUCGCUCAGAGCGAGGAUACCCAAGCAUCAUGGCACCAGUUUCUCCUGGAAAAGGCACGGCUUUUGACGCCGUUGGUAUGGCACACCCGUCAGCUUGCAGUCAUGAUACGUGACCCUGUAUCGCCGAACAGUGCGGGAGCCUCGCGACCGAUGAGGCUUUGGGGGUAUAUCGACCUGGCAUCUCACUCCCUCGUUCGCGAUGCUACAACCUUGGCCGCAAUCCCUAGUCUGCCAGUGGGUGCUUCUCUGCCACGUCCUCAAGCCACAUUUCACCAUAAUGGAGUGAACAUGUCAUGGGAGCCUCUCUCAGAUUCCAUCACCAACGCAGAUAUUGAACCGACUCCGCUCAAUCGUCUUGUUAUCGCCUCUUAUAAUGUCCUGGCCGAAUUUGAUUGGCCGGCGAGCUCAUCUCGGUAUCCAGCACUUGUUGGCAACAUUCUAUCGGAACGCGCUUCGGCCGAUAUUCUUGUUCUUCAAGAAGUCACUGAUCAGUUCCUCAGCUUUCUACUAGCAGAUUCCAACAUCCGCUCGCAAUAUCCUUACACUACUCAUGGACCGCCUGAUCAGCAUGGCAUUGCUCCUCUACCUAGCCAUUUAAAUACUGUUGUUCUGAGCAAACUUCCAUUCCAGUGGGAAUAUCUUCGGAGCUUUAAACACAAGGGAUUUGGGAUUCUCGAAUUCCCAACGGUCCAAACUGGAGGGCCUUCAGAGUCACCCCUGAAGCCCUUAGUAUUGGCAGCCUGCCAUCUCAGCAGGGGACUAACCGACGCUGCGCUAGCUACCAAAAGAGAUGAGAUAAAGAAACUUGUCGAGUAUUUGAACUCUUCGUUUCCACAGCAUCCAUGGGUACUUGCUGGCGAUUUCAACUUGGCCUCAUCCUCGCAUACAAUCGAUCAAGCGCUGAAAAAGGGCGAAAUUUCUGAAAAGGGGCUCGAGUGUCUUGAAGAAAUCGAGGCUAUUGUGUCUAAAGCUGGGUUGCAAGACACAUGGCUGGUUUCCAGAGUUGGUCCUGGAGAAUCUUCGAGUACAACUGGAAGCCACGAGUCAAACCUGGGGCUUUAUGAGGGAGAACAAGGAGCAACCUUUGACCCAAUCUCGAAUAGCCUUGCCGCAGCCUCAAUUGGCGCUGGCGGCAGUCGCCCACAAAGAUAUGACAGGAUUUUGGUCACCAAGUCUGCUCAAUUACAGCCCUAUGGUUUCAACAUGUUCGGCCAGGUCAUGGACGCAAAUGAAAUCACCUCUCAGGACCCAGCUAGUGACCACUGGGGUAUUCGCUGUCUUCUUGUGCCGUCACCACCCAAUGCAGGUGUUGAGUCGUCAUCCAAUUCCAAGUUUCAGGGAAUUAGUCUGCGCAAAGCCGCCCUCACAUUGGGUAGCUUUGACGAGUUAAAAGACAGUUUGGUAUCUAAUGGCCAGUUUCCUACUGCUUCUGACGCAGAGCUGAGACAAGAGGCAAUAGCUCUCCUGCAAAGGACUUUGCUAGAGAAUGAUACUACUGCUGCUGAGGCCGAAAAGCGCUCACAUGUUCAGCUUGUCCUCAUCCCUGUAGGAUCAUUUGGCCUCGGCGUGUGGACCAGCUUGUCAGAUAUAGACUGUCUCUGUGUAGGCAACAUAAGUUCCAAGACAUUCUUCUCUUUGGCAGUGCAGAAGUUGAAGAAGGCUUCCACGAGCGGCAUAAAAAUUCUACGCCGUGUCAUGGCAAAUACUGGAACAAUGCUUGAGCUAGAGAUCCAUGGCAUCAGAUUUGACCUUCAGUAUUGUGCUGCCGCAGCAAUUGCUCAAGGAUAUCCUGAUGUUCUGAAAAGACCUGCAUCAGAUCCUGUCUUCUCCUUGCCGGUACAAUCCAUCGCAAAACUGAAACCUGCACGGGAUCUCGUCUACCUAAGAAGGUCCAUUCCUGAUAUGACUAAAUACCGUGUGGCACAUCUUUUCAUUAAGGCUUGGGCACAAUCGAGAGGUCUGUAUUCCGCAAAAUUUGGAUUAUUAGGAGGGAUUCACAUCACCUCUUUGCUGGUGCCUGUCUGCAAGGCUUUAGCGAAUGAACCCGAAGCAGCGUCCACAGCUGAUAUCCUAACCUCCUUUUUCUACCACUACUCAACAUUCGACUGGGAAACAGGGGUGGUGUUCGACCCUUUUUACCAUCGUGACUUGAAAUACCAUCGCACAUUCAGGGAGCCACUUUGCCUACUUGGCUGGCAUGGACCAUCUCUUAAUACAGCAUCUAGCGCCUCCAUCUCCACUGUCAAUGCUCUGGCUUCCGAGCUGACCAGAGCUGCGGCUCUCCUUUCUCAAGAUGGGAUGACAUGGAGCAAAUUCCUCGGCUUGGAGCUAUCUGGGACGCCGUCGAGCCUGAUAGAGAAAGGCGCUGCUGAUUUCCUUGACUCAUAUCAAACUUACAUCAAAAUAAGUGCACGCUACUGGGGAUCCUCUCAGCAGAAGGGAAGAAAGUACCUGGGCUGGCUGGAAUCGAGAUUUAUAUCUAUACUUGUUGACAUAAGCCGAAAGACUCUGGGACUUGUACCGCGUAUCUGGCCAGCCAGAUUUAUAGACGAGGAUCAAACUAGCGGUACCAGCGACGAGAACUCGGAGCUUUCGGCCUGUUAUUUGAUAGGGCUCAAAUGGGUUGACAGUAUUGCGGACAAAUCUGCGACGAGUCAAGCCGCCGCAGAAGGCAAUAUCCGUGUCAUCCUCCAGGAAUUCGAAUCUCGUGUCCAGAAGAGCGACAAGUAUUAUGACUCUGAAAACUGUUGGAUGAGUGCAUCCAUUAUGCGUCGAUCUAGCCUCGGCCCUGUGCGACUUGCACCCGGACAGCUGUACGAGUACGACGGCACCGAUACGGAUCUGGACGACGACGGCGAAAGCGAUUUGGAGGAGGGAAACGAACCAGAAAGCGCAGCCUACGUCUCCAAGAAAGACUCUCGAUCGCUGAAGACGGGCGCCUCCAAGUCUACAUCCGAAUCUAGCAAACCGGCCGGAGCAGGCAAACUCCGCAGCGCAGUCGACGCCAUGAAUCGCAUCCGCUGGGAUUCUGGCAUGGACUCCAGUGAUUAUCUAGUCGGAUAUGAAGAUCGUUUCCUCGGAGCGCAGGAGAAGGCAUUGGACAACUGGAGAACCGAGCAAACGGAUGAGGAGUUUAUUCCGCAGCAUCGAAUCUUGUACUUUAGGCGCAAGAGUGACGGAGCAAUUGUGUGGGAUAGGAGGACACGAGUAGAUACGAUAUUCGGUAGCGGAUAA